AUGAGCCAAAAUAAUCCAUUAUUACAAUACAAAGAAAAACGUGUUUUACCAAGUUUGCAACCAAUGUUACAGAAGAAUAUGCCAUUUCAACACACAGAAUAUGUUAGAAAAUCGAAGAAGAAAUCAUCUUCUUCAUUUUCUGGUGAUUUUUUAGACGAUUGCUUUAAAAAACCGUGUUCUACAAAGCUUUUUAAUUAUAGUGAAUGGAGAGAGACACAGAAUUGGGGAGGUGUUAAGGAAACGAAUCAUAUUCUUAAAACAACCAAUUUAACUAGUGGACGGAAAGUUAUCAACAAAUAUGAAAUUAUUCGUGAGAUUGGCCGUGGUGUUCAUGGAAAAGUAAAACUUGCACUGGAUCUGCUGUCAAAUGAGUAUGUUGCAUUGAAGAUUAUUGAAAGAAAUACCAGGAAACGUCUUGGGAGAAAUGAAACAUCUUCUCAAGAACAGAAAAUUCGUAGAGAAAUAGCAAUUUUGAAAAAAUGUAUUCACCCUCAUGUUGUUCGGUUGAAAGAAGUUAUGGAUGAUCCUAUGAGUAAGAAAAUAUAUCUAGUUUUGGAAUACAUGGAAGGAGGAGAAGUUAUUUGGAGAACUUCUGACGAUAAGCCUGCUCUUACGAUAUGGCAAGCUCAAUCUACAUUUAGAGAUGUUGUUCUUGGUCUUGAAUAUUUACAUUAUCAAGGAAUUAUUCAUAGGGAUAUUAAACCUGCUAACCUUCUUUGGACUAAAAAUCAUGUUGUAAAAAUUUCGGAUUUUGGUGUUUCAUAUUCCAAUACAUGUUUAUCUGAGGAAGAAAAUGAAUUAGAGCUUGCAAAGACAGCAGGGACUCCUGCUUUUUUUGCUCCGGAAUUAUGUUAUUGUGAUCCAUCUAAACGCUCAACUAUUACUAAAGCGAUUGAUAUAUGGGCAUUAGGAAUUACUCUUUAUUGCCUUUUGUUUGGUUGUUGUCCUUUUACUGCAGAUGGAGAAUAUGAACUGAUGAAUGUUAUUUUGACAAAGCCGCUUGAAAUUCCUUCUACUCCAGAUAUAGGAGAUGAUGCAAAAGAUCUUUUGAGAAGAUUAUUAGAGAAAAAUCCAGAUAAUCGGAUAACUUUAGAAGAAGUAAAACGACAUCCUUGGAUUUUAGAAGAUAUUAGUGACCCGGUAUCUUGGAUAAAAGAAACGGAUCCUAGGAAUUACCAGCUUUUGGAGGUUACACAACAAGAAGUGGAUGGUGCUGUUUCUAUUGUUGAUAAACUUAAACGCAAAUUAACAAAACUUUCAUCUAAAUUUUCCCGAUUAGCUAUUGUUAUAGGACUAAAAAAACACAGUCGAAAUAUAAGUUCGUCUCAAGCACAAUUAUCUCCUCAUAAAAAUAUAGAGAAAAAAAUGCCUGAUCAAAGUUUAAAUAAUUUAAAUAUUAUAUCGCACGCUGUUCGUAACACUAAGAUUAAAUCGGUAUCUACAUCGUCUCAUAUAAAAAAAAUAAUAUAUGAACAAUAUGACAAUAGCAACUUAUCAUCUUCUGAACCAUCGAUUACUCAUACAGAGACUAAUAUUGGAUUCCCUAGAAUGACACGAUCAAGAGCAUAUUCAAAUUUAAGUGCUCAUACUCUCCCUAAUUUUUCAAGAUUUGAAAAUUAUAAUACAUAUUAUAUAAUGGAUGAUAAUUCUCUUAUGGAAAAAUGUAUUAAUGAUGAACAAGAAAUGGGGAUAUUUCUUGAUUUUAAAAAAAAGACAUAA